AUGCUACAUCUUGCCCAGCGGUCCGCCUACAAGACCAUCAUCUCCCACGUCGACGGCUUCUUAGAUGACCCGCUGACUCGUCGGCCUGACAUCGACUGGUCCCAGAAGAUCAGCAAGCUCAGGAUCGACUACACUGGUGAGGAGCAGGGCGAGGCCUUGCCCAUCAAGCUGGCGGAGCUCAUACCAGGCCUACCCGACAAACAGCAUGCCGCGCAGCUCCAGACGGAGGAGUUCGUUGACGAGCACAUCUUGGAGUGGCUUAUGAACCCUGAAGUUGCCACGCUGCCUGUUGCGGAGUGGCCGCUGGACCCUCCUCGCGCCCGAGUCAAUUGCGAGAGGCUCGAGGACUGGCACGAGGUCGCGGAGCACUUGAUUGGCCUCGGCAUUUUGGGCGUGGUCGACGAGGCGGACAUCUUUGCGCCGCGGGGCCAGAAGGUCUUCAACGGCCUGUUCGCUCGCGAGAAGAAGGGCAAGCCACUCGAGGGCCAGUCGAGAUGCACGCGCCUCAUCUUCAACAUGAUACCCUCCAACGCCUACCUCCGCAACAUCGUUGAGGACACGUCGACUUUGGCGGCCUCCACUUCAUGGACCAGCCUCCACUUGCCAGCAGUAUGUGUCAUGGUGUGGAGCAGCGACGACCAGAAGGGCGCCUUCUAUGUGUGGAAGUUGCCGCCAGCCUGGCAUGGCAGAAUGGCCGUCUCGGUGCCCGUGCCAGCGAGCGUUGCUGGGUUGCCUGGAGACCACCUAGUCUACGUGGCGUUCCGCGUCAUCCCCAUGGGCUGGGUCCUCGCAGUCACCCUCUUCCAGCACCUGCACCGCCGCCUGGCCUUGCGAGCACCGCGUCUGGGAGCUGGUUUGCCUGCAGGAACGGAGUGGAGGCGCGAUCAGCCUUGGCCGCUGGCGAAGCAGCAUCCUCACGCGUGGUGGCAGGUCUACAUCGAUGACUUUGAUGCGCCCGAGGUCCUGGAGGCGGCAGAGGCGUAUCGAGUCGUGGGCACCCCAGGCGAGAUGCAACUCGCCAUGCGGCGCGCCUACACCCAGGCCGAGGUCGCCUACGCGGAGGAGAAAAGCCACGCACGGCAGUUGCAGCUCGAGAGGAUGGGAGCGUCCAUCGACGGCUGCGCGGGUACGAUCAGGGCCCCUGCCGACAAGGUGAUCGAGCUGGUCCGUUACAUUCUGUACGCCCUGGGCCGCGAGUAUUGCCCGUGGCUGCUUAUGCUCACGUUGCUGGGCCGCGCCGUUCGGGCCCUCGAGUUCAGGCGGCCGCUACUGAGCUGUCUCAACUCGGUAUGGGAGUUCUCCACCAGGACGAGAGGCGGACGCAUCAACAUGGGCAUGAGCCAGGAGCUGUUUGUGUGCAUCGGGUACUUGCCUAUCGCGUGCACCGACCUUAGGGCUGGAGGUGGAGUGUGCGCUUCCACUGGCCUCACGCCCUUGGCAGUCCAGCAGCUCAGGGCCGCCCGCCAGGGAGCUAGGCUGGUGCUGGGGCCAGGCCGCAGCGACCUGCAGCCCGCACGCAGCUCCCCGUCGCUGCCAGGGGGGCGGCCGCGGCCCAGGGUGCUCAUCGUGAGCCUCUUCGACGGCAUCGCCGCGCUGGCUGUGGCAGUGUCCAGGCUGCCAGCCGACAUCAUCGGCAUGGUGUGCAGCGAGGUUGACAAGCCUGCUAGACGAGUCGUGCGACUCCGAUGGCCUGGAACCGCCGACUGGAGCGACAUCCGAUCGAUCUCCGAGAAGGACGUCGUUAAGCUAGCUGACACCUACUACGGCCUGUGCGACGUCUGCGUCUGUGGAGCGGGCAGUCCUUGUCAGGACCUCAGCGCAGUCAAUUUGUCGCGGGCGGGCCUGGCUGGCCCCAGUUCGAAGUUCUUCUAUGGGAUCCCGAGGGUCCACGGUCUCCUUCGUAAGCACUUCAAGGAGAAGCUAGCCACCUUUGUUGAGAAUGUUGCCUCGGUGAGUCCGCAAGUGAGAGAUGCUAUCACGAAGGAGAGAGAGGCUCUGCUGGGAUUCGACAAGCAUUACACAAGGGUUGCCCACAAGGACCCCGAGGACUUCUUGCUCGCGAGCUACCUGCUGAAGCUCUGUUCGCGCGGGGGGGCGUGCCCGCUGGCCUGGGGUGAGGUCGGCACCUACACGAAGGGCGCAGCCGAGUACGACAAGAAGCUGGCCUCAGAGUUCGCAGGCGAGUUCUUGGCACUAAGUGAUCGCAGUGGGAGCGACAUUCGCCUAGACGUGGGCCUGCCUUAUCGACCGAAGGGCAGCAUCGACCUCCACAUCAACGCCCGUGAGCUGCAGGCGGGAGCGGCAGCCCUGUUGUGGAGGACUCGCUCCACCAAGCACCUCAGCGCCAGGUUUGUUCAUCUGUUUGACUCGCAGGUAGUGGCAGCGAUCACUACGAAGGGGCGGUCGUCCAGCACCAGGCUGCAAUGGCUCCUGCGCAAGUGGGCCGCCCUCUGCGCGGCGGGAGGCCUCUACCCCAUCAUCGGGUACAUCACGACCGAGGACAACCCCGCCGACGCGCCCUCCAGACGCCAGUGGAAGGCGGGGGGGCCAGGGCAGCCAUUCCGACAGCCCCAGAAGGCGAGGAAGGCACACUCAGCGAAGCGUGGUACUCGGUUGAAGCUGCUCCGAGUCACCUCCACCACGCUCCACCGCUACAGAGCAGCAGCCAAGCGCGUCCUCGAUUUUUGGGAUGCCGUAGGCCUCAUGCCCUCAGGACCGCUGGACACCGACGAGGGCAUCGCCGAGUACAUAGAGAUGCUCUGGAGCGAAGGCCAGCCUAUUAGCCUUGCCAACUAUGCAGUCGCGGCGAUAGGCUUCUUCUUCCCCUCUGUCAAACAGAGCUUGGGGUUGUCAUGGAGUCUGCUCAAAGCUUGGAGGCGAUGCGAACCGCCUGUUCGCGCCUUGCCGUUCACGCCAGAGCUCAUUCUGGGGAUGGCCGCCCUCGCCAUCGAGUGCGACGCUGUGGAUAUCGGCACCCUCCUAGCAUUGGGUUUCGCAGGUCUGCUGCGCACCACGGAGCUGUUCACAUUGUCCAAGCAGCAAGUUGCGAUUAUCAAUGACAGAGUGACUGUCCGCUUGCCUGAGACCAAAACAGGGCACCGCAAAGCCACUACCGAGAUGGUCGUUGUCGACUGCCCCAUCGCCGUAGAUCUAGUCAAGCGCUGGUAUGUACACGCAGCGCCUCCGGACACGAUCAGCACACGGUCGCCAGCGCAGCUUCGCAGUUGCCUGAAGAAGCUGCUGGCAUUCUUUCACCUCGAGGAUUUCCGCUUCUCCUGGUACUCAUGCCGGCGUGGUGGUGCCACGUACGACUUCAUCUGGUGGUUGCUAGCGACGCUAGCCACAGACCCCUUGGCGUGGGAAGGUAAAGUGAAAGGGUUAUGA